AUGCAUCAUCUCAAUAAUUAUAUGAAUUCCAAAUUAGAGAUCAACCCACUUUUGACAGUGCCAGAUUUAUAUAGGUCCUUUCAUAGAUCAUUAGUUAUAGUUGAGAAAAAUGAGGCUGUUAGUUAUCCUAAGUACAUUGUAGAUUAUGCAAAAAAGCUAAAGAUAACUGUUAAGGAUCAAGUAUCUAAGUCAAAAGCAUUAGAUAAUAUAAAAAAUGCAAUUACUAAAAAGCAUAAAAGAGAUAGUAAUGAUGAUUGUGAGAAUGAGCUUAAUGAAGAAAUGGUCCAAGAAAAUUAUGCUACUUCUGCAAAAGAACCUAAUAAUAACUUUGCAAUUCUCUCAUUCAGUAUUAAAAAGUCUAUCAUUGAGAAACUAAAAGUCAAUCCAGUUUUAAGCUAUGUAACUGAUUGUGAAUCUAUAAUGUAG